GAGUCCCUAAACCUUGCUAGUGUCUGCUGUUAGUCAUUCAUAUGAUGGGAACCCUGGUGAGAUUCACUAAUUAGAACUAUGAGAUAAUAAUACCAGUCACACAUAUAAACCUAUUCAGAAUAUAUUUAGGCGUACAACCAGUAAAAUCCACUGUUUUGGCUAGAUUUCUUUCUAUCAGUUUUUUUCUCUCUGGUUUCUCAUGGCCCUGAGACUAAAGCGAAGGCGAGAACUGAGCACACUGAGGACUGAGGAGAGCAGAGCACGCUGGAGAUCGACUGUUAUCACCGUGUGCUGUGUGCUAGUGAUACUAGCGACCUUGAUAGUGGGGUUGUAUUUUACCGUUACGAUAGUGAAUAGCAAGUUUUUCUUCUGCUCUGGCUCACUGAGGUUCAUUUCAAUAGAAAAGGCAUGUGAUGGAAAGGCUAACUGUGCAGGCGGUGAGGAUGAAAUCACAUGUGUAUCCAAACUGAGGACCAAUGACACGUAUCCAGUGAGGCUGAUGGGGGACAGACUGGUCCUGCAGGUGUUCAAUAAUGAAGGUGGAUGGAGAACAGUGUGUGCUGAUAACUGGAGGACAAAGCACACGCGGUUAGCCUGUCAACAACUGGGCUAUACAGUGAGUCCACGAAGUACACGAAUCCCGGUAAGGAGUCUGCUCUUCAACCCUCAAGAUGCAUUUGCUACAGUCAGCAAAAACUCCACACACUCUGACAUCCAGAGUUCCCUCUCAGUCAGUGACCGGUGUUUAUCUGGCUCAGUGGUGUCUGUGUCCUGCUCAGACUGUGGAGAGGUGGUGGGAGAGGACCGUAUUGUUGGUGGGCUGGACACAGCAAUCGAACACUGGCCGUGGCAGGUUAGUCUUCAGUGGAACCACCAGCAUGUUUGUGGAGGAGCAUUACUGUCCAAGCGCUGGGUCAUAUCAGCUGCUCACUGUUUCACAGGCCGGACACGAGAGCUGAGUCGAUGGACUGUGGUGUUGGGUCAGACCGAAGUGACGGGAUCCAGUGGUGUCAGCGUGGAGACUAUUGUUGUCCACAAUAACUACAGUCGCUUGAGUAAUGACUUUGACAUCGCUAUGCUAAAACUCACUUGGCCUGUCACUGUUGGGGACUCAAUCUUGCCAGUUUGUUUACCCCCACACCAGCUGUCUAUGAAGGAGAUGCUUGUGGUGACUGGGUGGGGAUUGCUCAAGGAGAAAGGUGAGCUGCCCUCUGUGCUGCAGAAAGCUUCGGUGCCCCUGAUUGACAGGUCCGAGUGUUCCAAGCCCUCUGUUUACGGUUCCGCCAUUACUCCCAGAAUGCUUUGUGCGGGAUUCCUCAAAGGAAACGUAGAUGCGUGUCAGGGGGACAGUGGGGGUCCGCUAGUGUACCUUUCAUCUCGUUGGCAGUUAAUGGGUAUAGUGAGUUGGGGAGUGGGCUGUGCACGGGAGGGAAAACCUGGAGUUUACACUGAUGUUAGUCAACUUCUCAACUGGAUCUACACUGUAAUGGAGAGACAGCCAUGAGAAAGUGAACCAUGGACGCAUAACUUCAUGCUUUCGUGACACAGGAGGAAAGACAAAUCUCCUCAGAGUACAGAAAUCAAUGUUCUUGAAUCUAGAUAGUUCAAUUUUAUAAUUAUUUUGACAUAUGUCAAAACAUCAUGCUUUUUUUGUCUCACUAUUCACAUUUCCUGUAAGUCUACUGUAUGUUCAUUCUAAAGCUGUUAAAGUACUUUAAGUGUUUUCAUUUUUUUUUCUGACCAAAAGCAUUUAGAAAGCAAAAAAUAAAUAAAAUAAAGCUCUUACUUGAUGCAUUUACUAAUCCAGCACACAUCACAACCUUUGUUUUAUCGAAAACAUUUUAUUUUAGUUGCUGCUUAUUAUAAAGAAAUACAAUAUGCAUGACUGUGCAGUCCAAUGGGGAAUAACAGGCCUGCACACUGGCUUAAGGAAACAAUGGGAUAAACAAUUCUGGAUUAUGGGCGGAGUGGAGCAUCUAUGAUACAGCAUGUGUUUUACAUUCAGUUUUACAGGGACUGAUUUCAAACAAUGUCUACUGUGUGUUGUGUUGAGCUGAGAUCGACUAUCAGGAUUGGUGUUCAAAAUUCCAAGUUUGUCAUUUUCCAAACAGUACUCCUAAGGCAGUGUUCCUUCUGACUCUGUGGGCUUUUGAGUCCUUCAGGCCUCUAUUCCCCUUGGUCUUACAUUUUUGUCUCAACAGUCUGGUGUAGCUCAGUCUUCAGAAAGCAUCUGAAUGUAUCUGAUUCAGUUAAAAAAAACUAUUUGUACAUUUACUAGUUUGGGUUUAUCAAUUUAAGAUAUUUCCCCAUCCAUCUGAGUGAUUUAAAAGAUAAACUGAAAGUAACUGAAGAAAAUCAAACCAGCCAUCCACCUUUUAAUUGGUUUCUCCCACAUCCUCUAUUAUUGCAUUAUCUCAGGCAUUUCCUCAUUCAGGUUUUCCACAAAGCUUCACACAAGUUUUUAGAAUCACAGGUUGUGUGAACAGACAUGCACAAUAUCACGAUAGUUAUGUUUUUGGCAGCAUGAAAUGUUUUUUUUUUUGAGGUCUCUGACAGAAAUUUGCUUUAAAUUCCAAUGUCAAAAGAUGAACAGAGAAAUACUUUUUAGGAAAAACAUUCACUUCAAAUAAUGGUGGGAACUUCCCCUUUGCAUUCACUCCUAAUGUCUGUGCUUUGGUUGAAAAAUGUGAUUAUCACAAUUAGGCCAUGACUACUGCCAAGCCUGACAAAUAACUAAUGCAACCAAAACUGAUAUGUUGUUAAUUAAAUAGUGCAUUAAUAGAGGGAAGACUGUAAGGACAACAUUAAUUAAAAGCCCAAUAUCAAGCAGAAUAUCAAACUCUUUCACUGAGCAACCUGAGAAAACCUCAACUGUUCCAAAAUUUCAAAAACAUUAAAUGCAGAAAUAUUAAAUACAAGUUCAGCACAAUGAUAUGAUGAAAAUGUUUGAAUAAGAGGUAGUACAAGUGCUUUGAAUAUGUAUGAAUGUACCUUUCCAAUAUUUCUCCUAUUAAAAGAAGCUAAAGAGCCCUCUAAAUGUGUAUUGCUUUACUGACCUGUGCGCCAUAAGAUCACAUAAAAAAAAAAAAUCUGAGGAUCAAUAAAAUUAUCACAACUGUUUGUUAAAGUGGCCCUUUAACAAACAGAAUAACAAUAAUUUCAGCUACUCCCCUUUUUACAAUGUUAAAUAUAAGAUACUGUUUCCAAAUGAAAUUGCUGUUUCAAUAGACAUUUAGUGAUGUUACACUGGGGUAUGAGAGGACAGCUACUAGAUAGCCUACAGUACACAUUGCUUAUAGAUUUUUUUUCAGGUUCAAAUAUGGUAUAAAUUUACCAGAUUUCUCCUACUGUUUUUUGUGCUCUAUAGUUACAACCUCUGACUAGAUUAUUCAUUUGGAGUUAACUCAUUUGGCACUGAAAACAAGCUGCUUUUUCAAGGAAGACUUUCAUGACCAACAUCACCCAAGAUUCACAGUAAAAUUCACUAACAACUGCAAAAUCCAAAGACCUGUAAAAUUCUUCAAGCAUUCAGUAAUAAUUGGUGAGCUCUCUAAAGCAGAUCAAUAGAUUUGUUUCAAUAUUUUCUUUAUAUUAAAGGCACAAUAUGUAAUUUUUUGCCACUAGAGGGCGCGUAUUCAAAAGAAACAGAGGCGUAAAACUAGGUCGCAGUGAUUUUGCCAAGUAAGACAUGUUCCUGGAUCAACAUCUUUUGUUGAUCCUGGAUCAA